UUUUCCUCGUUUUCGACGGAUCUCACGUGGCACUCUGUCAGUGGUCAGGGUUUCCAAGUAACAUUGUCCAAUGAUACACCACCACGCGCUCUAAUUAAAGUUGAAACCUUUGUCAACUCUUUAUAUAUUUCCCACCUUCCAUGUCGCCGUCUUACUCGAAACAAACACCAAUAUAUCGUAGAAAACAAACUUUAAUCUACAAAGUCAUAGCAGCAUGAUCCAUACGAAAACCGGGUCUGGUCGUCGGAUCUUGACAUUUCCGACUGUGGAACCAUCCGAAUCAAUCUCCAUAGUCACCCUAUUGGACUCACUGAUUCAACUCGCCGGCGACAUUCUCACAUUCAAGUCGAAACACUUCUCUACCAAUAAACAAAGCUUCAGAGAAACUCUCAGGCGGAUCCAAAACCUACUUGUUGUCUUCGAAGAGAUUCGGAUCCGGAUCAGAAAUUCGAGACGCUACUUCCAUGACUCUGCCGCCGCGUCGAGCCUCAAGGAGAUCCACGUCGGCUUCCAAAAGCUCAAGUUCCUUCUAGAAGACUGCACGAGAGACGGAGCUAGACUAUGCAUGAUGAUGAACUCGGAUCAAGUCUCGGAUCAUCUCCGGGUCCUGACUCGAUCCAUUUCCACCAGUCUUAGUGCGUUUCCUGUCGCCUCCGUUGACUUAACGACCGAAGUCAACGAGCUAAUUGAUUUAGUGGUGCGGCAAGCUCGUAAGUACGGAGUCCAACCUGAAACAAAUGAUAAACGGGCCGUGAGCUCCAUUAAUAGGAUCCUUGCUCUGUUUGUGAACAGAGUCGUCCCGGAUCCGGAUGAAAUUAACAGGAUCUUGGAUCACGUAGGGAUCAGAAAAUGGGGAGAUUGCGUUAAAGAGAUAAACUUUCUCGGAGAAGAGAUAGAUGCAGAACGGUUAGAUGAGAAGAAGAAGAAGAGUAGCGAUCAAGUCGAGCUUCUCAGUAGUUUAAUGGGAUUCAUAUGUUAUUGCAGAUGCAUUAUACUUGGACGGAUCGAGAGAGAUGAUCAUCAUAAUCAUCAUGAAGAUGGUAUAAAGAAAGAUCAUGACUUGAUCCGAGGAUUGAAAGUUGAGGAUCUCCUUUGUCCAAUUUCACUAGAGAUUAUGACGGAUCCUGUGGUUAUAGAAACAGGCCACACUUAUGAUCGGAGCUCCAUCACUAAAUGGUUCGGAUCCGGGAACAUCACGUGCCCUAUAACCGGAAAGAUUCUGACUAGUACCGAGUUGGUUGAUAACGUAUCCGUGAGGCAAGUGAUUCGAAAGCACUGCAAAACAAACGGCAUCGUUUUGGCGGGGAUUAGUCGGAGAAGAAAGAGUCACGAUGACGUGGUCCCGGAGAGUUUGGCUGCAAAGGGAGCUGGGAAACUCAUCGCAAAGUUUCUCACUUCAGAGUUAAUCAAUGGCGGUGAAGAGAUGAUUUACAGAGCCGUGAGAGAGAUUCGUGUUCAGACCAAGACAAGCAGUUUUAAUAGGUCUUGUCUGGUUAAAGCUGGUGCUGUGACUCCACUUUUAAAGCUUCUUAGCUCCGUAGAUAUCAGGAUUCAAGAAAACGCAAUGGCUGGGAUCUUGAAUCUUUCCAAGCACGUUACCGGAAAAUCUAAGAUUGCGGGAGAAGGGUUAAAGAUACUUGUAGAGAUUCUCAACGAAGGAGCUAAAACAGAGACGAGACUAUACUCUGCUUCUGCUCUGUUUUAUCUCUCUUCCGUUGAAGAUUACAGCAGAUUGAUCGGAGAAAAUCCAGAUGCGAUUCCGGGAUUGAUGAAUAUCGUUAAAGGAGAUGAUUACGGCGAUUCCGCCAAACGUAGCGCGUUGCUUGCGGUUAUGGGUUUGUUAAUGCAAUCCGAUAACCAUUGGCGUGUUCUCGCCGCCGGAGCUGUUCCGAUUCUUCUUGAUCUGUUGAGAUCGGGGGAGAUUAGCGGCGGACUCACGGCGGAUUGUUUAGCGACGUUGGCGAAGCUGGCGGAGUAUCCUGAUGGGACGAUUGGGGUGAUUCGUCGUGGCGGUUUGAAACUCGCGGUGAAGAUUUUGUCUUCGUCGGAGGAUUCUCCGGUGGCGGUGAAGCAGCAUUGUGUUGGUCUGAUUUUGAACUUGUGUCUUAACGGAGGACGUGACGUCGUUGGGGUUCUGGUGAAGAAUUCGUUGGUCAUGGGGUCGCUUUACACGGUGUUAAGUAACGGCGAAUAUGGAGGAAGCAAGAAGGCUAGUGCGCUGAUCAGAAUGAUCCAUGAGUUCCAGGAGAGGAAAACCGGUUCGGUUGAACCGAAUCUUCAAAGAGGACGGUUCGUUCACGCCUGGUGAUUUUGGUACACAGUAACUCUUGAGUAUUUUAAAGAGUUAUUUACCAUAAAGAAAACUAAAUAAUUUUGGUUAAGGGUGAAAUUCUUUUAUUAAUUUUUAUGUAAAGGGUUUAGUGUUUGUAUAUUUAGCUCGGGUUUUAUUUUCAUAAACCAAAGAGCUACUGGGAUGGCAAUAAGCUUCAGUUUUUUUAAGAAGCUGUGUCCAUAUUCCAUAAUGUAAUUAUAACUGAAUCAAUAAAAACUAUUACAAUUAAAAAAAA